AUGGCACCCGGCCGCAUCUUGGAUGCGAGCCCUCCAAAACUGUUGAAUAGAGACGAGCGUGAUACAGUCGACGAUGAGUCUGAAUACGGAUUUACCCGCACUAUAUCUGAAGUCCUAGUCACCCAGCAACGGCUGCCAUUCGUUCCCGAUGCUACCAAAACGCGCCUUGAGCAUGCAGGCACCGCACGCGCGAACGUUGCUGCCUCAGCAGAGCAUCCCGAUGGGACAAAAGAAGACGAUUGGGCAGCACGCCAUCAGCACCAAACAGUCCUGCAACAACACGUCGAUUUCUUUGAUCCCGACCGUGACGGCGUGAUCUGGCCACUCGACACGCUGAUCGGCCUCCACAAACUCGGCUUCAACUGGGUCCUCUCGACCAUCGCCGCCAUCGUCAUCCACGCUCAAUUCUCCUACCCCACCCAGCCCACCUACCUCCCCGACCCGCUCUUCCGCAUCUACAGCGCCAACAUCCACAAAACCAAACACGGCAGCGAUACCGAUACCUACGACAACGAAGGCCGCUUCAUCCCGCAGAAAUUCGAGGAUAUAUUCGCCAAGUAUGCGCAGCCCGGCAAGGAUACGCUGUCGUUUUGGGACUUGUGGAAUGCCUUGAAGGGGCAGAGGUUGCAUGGCGAUCCGUUUGGGUGGGCGAAUGCCUUUGCUGAAUGGGGAGCUACGUAUCUGAUGCUCUGGCCGGAAGAUGGAGAGAUGAAGAAGGAGGAUCUCAGACGCGUCUACGAUGGGAGUCUCUUCUACACUAUUGCGGAAAGGAGGGCGGCGAAGCAGAAAAACCACUAA